CGAAGUUUUCCUUUCCCCAGCUACGAUUAGCACAGUUGCUCUAAUAUAUGCCUCCCCGACUUCUCAUCGACACGAUUUCAAUCUCCAAAAGCGCACUUUGAUACCCUGAAUCACACUCUGAUGGAGUAGUCAAUCACAGGGGACAAUCAGGGACAAUCCCUCGAGCUUCUUGCCGAGCCAUCAUCAAUCGAUGCACUGAUUGCAGUGUUUGAGGGCUAACGAGAAUAGACGACAAUUGAGUCGACCUGAACACUGCUGUUCUAAAAUUAAGACGGAGCGACGUAGUGUCGCAGGGCGCUAGAUCACUGACAUCACUCUGUUUCACCCGUCGGCAUGCUCUUGGCGCGGUCUGUGUUCACCGCACUCCCCAGCGGCAUAAAAGCUCUCUCUUGACACCAUCGACAGUAGUUAUACCUAACAAAUGGCCCGCUUCUCUGCCGCUGUAAUCGCUUUGACGCUCGCGGGUGUCGCCACUGCGCAAGUCUGUUCCUCAGGCAGCUGCUGGACCAGCCCUUCCAACGCCACCGACCACGGAUGCCAGGCUUGGGCAGGCGGAGUCGAUGCCUGGGCCACUUGUGGCUUCGAGGGAGCUGUGACCUGCACGACCUGUCUGCCGUGCAACACCGAACACUGCUACACGUCUCCUUCGCAAGCUACUGGUGCCGGAUGCACCGCCUGGGCUGGUGGAGUCGACGUCUGGCAGACAUGUGGAUUUGACGGAGCCGUGCGUUUCUUUACUCUUUCCGUCGAUUCAAGGAUGCUCCCUCAACUGCUUUCCGUCAACAGAUCACUUGCAGAACCUGCGCCGCUUGAGUUGUAGUCCAGGACGCGCGCAAAUAGUACAUGCUUUGAUACUUCUAAUAUAACACCUUUCUUGACGGUUGACGCUUCACCCG